AUGACAGGUUCUGGUUCUCCUUGUGGAGCCUGCAAAUUCCUGAGAAGGAAAUGUGUUAGAGGUUGUGUUUUUGCUCCUUAUUUCUGCCAUGAACAGGGAGCAACCCAUUUUGCAGCCAUUCACAAGGUUUUUGGUGCAAGCAAUGUAUCAAAGCUGCUUGCUCACCUCCCAGUGAGUGAUCGUUGUGAAGCAGCAGUCACAAUUUCAUAUGAAGCUCAGGCUAGGCUUCAAGAUCCUAUUUAUGGAUGUGUUUCACAUAUUUUUGCUCUCCAACAGCAGGUUGUCAGUCUACAAGCUCAACUGGCAUAUCUUAAGCAAUUACAAGCAGCUGAUCAAAGCUUUGUCAAUGUCUCUGACAUUGCAAACCCUAAUGAAAAGUGCUAUGGAAAACCUUCUCACCAUCAUCAAGAUGUUCAAAGCUGGUUUCAGUCAGAAACUACAAACGUGGUGCCACAAUUCAAUCCAAACAUCAGUGAUAAUGCCUCAAUGACAAAUGUGUUCAUGGAAAACUCUUUCGGGAACUAUGGAAAUUCAAUCAACAUCCCUGAAGAAAAUGCCUCAUAUGCUAGCUAUGAAGAGGCUUCUCUUGACAUGCAUAUAAACAACAGGCAAUGGGGUCUCCAAGAUGCCGGUGACCUUGAGUCAAUGGCCUUCAGCUAUAUCCACCAUUCAUGA